AGUGAGAAUUUUAAAUAAUUAUUAUAUAUCAUCUCCACGUAGCGUCAUUCAGAGUCAAGGGCUGUGGAGAUGUUGAUACUGUGCUCGGGUCGCUAGCAUCUACAGCUACGUGUCGUUUGUGCGGGAAUUAAUCCGCUUGUUGAGGAGGAAAAUAAUAAUAACGUUAACUAAACAAAAGAAGCUGCUUCUUCUUCCUCUGCUACUGUACACCUGCUUGUGUUUACCCUCGUACGUACAUUACCUGCAACAACUCACCCGACUCACAGCUAUUAUUAUUAUUAUGGAGUUUUCUUUUGAUAUUAACCACUUAUUCCCCGAGAGGGUCUCCAUCUUGGACCAUUCUCUUGUUGCAGAAAAUCGUAAAUCAGCAGGAAGAGGAAUCACUUACAGACCACAAACCUCGACCAGGGCCAUUUAUUCACAAUCGUUUCAAGGAAGAACAAUCAUUCAAAUCUGUCUUUCACAGAGGCCGGAUCUUUUGGUUCAUGUUGCCACAGUCAUUGAUGAAAUGGGGAGAGCCUCAGCAAAGGCUCAACAGCUCCCUGCGCCAAUAACAAGUGCUUCCAAACUGCAAUCCCAGAGACAUCAUCUGUACCUUUUGAAGGACAGGGAGGGCAACGGGGGUCACGGUGUGGUCGUGGGAUUUCUGAAGGUUGGCUGCAAGAAGUUAUUUCUGCUUGACAGACAGGGUGCGCAUAUAGAGGCAGAGCCACUGUGCGUCUUGGAUUUCUACGUAGCAGAAAACGUUCAGCGACACGGCUACGGAUUGGAGCUGUUUAAUUUCAUGUUGCAGCACAAGGGUGUAGAGCCAGUGCUGAUGGCUUAUGACAGGCCGUCACCUAAAUUCCUGUCAUUUUUGGGAAAGCAUUACUGCUUGACGCAAAGUGUUCCACAGGUUAAUAACUUUGUGGUGUUUGAAGGCUUCUUCCUCAACAGAACAGCUGCCCAGCUGAGAAAGACUCCCCUAAAAAAGCCAGAAGGAGACAUCAAACCCUACUCUAUAACGGAGAGAGACGUGGUACAUCAGGAGCAGAGGGUUCUUCCUUGGCCGUUUGUUCCUCAGUCGCCCCAGCGGUUGGUAUCCUCCCAGUGCUCCCGCUCCCACAGCGUGGGAUCUUCCCCCAGCAGGGCACCUCCUCGAGUCAAUCAAGUUUCUGCUCUUGGGGUCAACAGGGACCAGAGCCCGCAGUCCCCGCUCAUCGAGCGCUGCAGGGUAAGACGCACCAGCCAACAGGGUCUGGUUGCCAGAUGCAGCCUGUACAGUCGCCACUUAGACAGCAGAGGUGUUGGACUGCUGGACGGACAACUGCCAGGUCCAAUAAUGGUGGAGGAGCAGUCACAUGCACCGGGACACACAGACACUUACAGGUUGGGCGGUAGUCACACAACACAAAGAAGGUUGCCGCCUCUUUUAUUCCCACCUCUGUCGUCAUCCAAGAAGGAUGACACCUGCGGCGGCAGCAAGACCUCCUUGAAGGGCAGAGAGACACGUUUGCGUAUAGAUGCCGAAGCCUGCGCCGCCGCCGAGGCGACGUCGAGAGUGAAGUCACAAAGUCCACAGCGUUCAGCGGGUCGCACUUUGAACAAUCAGAGACUUCUGCUGGAGAAGGAGAACGACACAGGCCCACACGGCUGGUCGUGGACGGUGGGAAAGAACUGCUACACUGCGCAGUGGGUGAAGCAGAAGCAUGAAUACAGGAGCACACGGCCGUGGUGAUCACCAGGAAGACAAGUAAUGAUAAUAAAAGACGUGGUUGAGCAA